UUCCUUCCCUGAAGUUCCCUGUGCAGGCUGAGACUGAGGACAAACUAAGCAGCAGCCUGGGUUGCUCUUCUUCCCCUGCAUCUGAUAGUAGAAGGAAGAACCUCUGGAGAUGUCGUCCAAUAAUGAUUCUGUUACAGUCCCAAUGACAGAAAGCAAUCCGAGUGACCUUCGUGGAAUGGACACCAGUGACCAGAGCACAGUGACUGGAGAGGCUGUGUUAAGUUUUCAUAACAUCAGCUACGGAGAAACAGUGCAGCGUGGAUUUCCAUUUUGUAAAAAAACACAUGUGAUAGAAAGUCUGUCAAAUAUCAGUGGGAUCAUGAAACCUGGCCUCAAUGCAAUUAUGGGACCGCAAGAUGGAAGUAGAUCUUUGUUAUUAGAUGUCUUAGCUGCAAGGAAAGAUCCACGUGGAUUAUCAGGAGAUAUUUUGAUAAAUGGAAAACCUCGACCUGCUAAUUUUACGUGUACUUCUGGUUAUGUGCCACAAAAUGACGUGGUGAUGCACACACUGACUGUAAGAGAAAAUGUAGAGUUCUCAGCUGCUCUUCGACUGCCAAUGACUAUGACAAGAGAUGAAAAAAGAAGGCGAAUUAAUGAGGUCCUUAAACUUCUGCAUCUGAAUAAAAAGUCAAAUGUUAAGCCCAGAUCUAUAGAGCUUGAGAAAAGGACCGGUAUAGCUAUGGAACUGGUCACCGAGCAUCCCAUUUUGUUCUUGGAUGACCCCACCACUGACUUAGACUGGAGCACUACUAUUGAUGUCAUCUCAGUCCUGAGAAGGAUGCCUAUGAGGGGACGGACAAUCAUCUUCUCCAUUGAUCGGCCCCCGUACUCCAUCUUCAGACUGUUUGACAGCCUCACCUUAGUGGCCUCAGGAAAAGUCAUGUUUCACGGGCCUGCGCAGGAGGCUUUGAAAUACUUCAAAUCUGCAGGUUACAACUAUGAUUCCGACAAUAACCCUGCAGACUUCUUCCUAGACAUCAUUAAUGGAUAUUAUUUCUCUGCUCUAUUAGACACAGAGGAAGAUGGCCAUGAAGCUGAAGAACAUACAGACCUUUCCGAGAGACAGCACCAAACCACAGAAAAAUUAGCCAUUGUGUAUGCCCAGUCCCCUCUAUACAGUGAAAUGAGAACUGAAUUGGAUUCACUCAUGGGGGAACAGAAGUCAGGGAGGAGCUCAGCCCUGGAGGAGAUCACGUGGGUCACCCCUUUCUGGUAUCAGCUUUGGUGGAUCAUCUGUCGUUCAUUCAAAAACUGCCUGGGUUUUCCACGGGUCACCAAGGUCGAGGUAAUUUUCAUAGUUAUACAAGCAGUGUUUCUGGGUAUCCAUUUCCAUGUCCAAAGAAAUGACUGUACCGAAGUCCAGACCAGAGUCCACCUGAUCUUCAUCCUCACAGUUAUCCUGUGUCUUAUAAAUGUGACUAUGGGGGUGCUCUUCGCAACUGACAGCUAUAACAGUGAUCACUUUCUACAUGAGCAUACCCGUGGAUACUACAGAGUGUCAUCGUAUUUCCUUGGGAAAUUGUUGGGUGAGCUGGUACCCUGGAGGUUAUUGCCAAGUAUUGUAUUUACUGUUAUAUUAUUCGGCAUAGCAGGAAUAAAUACAGAUAUGAAGGGUUUCUUCACUAUGAUAUUUACCGUCUUGAUGUUAGCUUUGUCUAUCAGUUACCUGCCCCUGUCUAUAGGAGCAGCGCAGAUUGCAGUGGACGACCCAACAACACUCCUUAUGGCCAUCUACUUGAUGUUCAUGCUGUUUUUCUCAGGUCUGUCAGUAUUUUCAGGAAGUUUCAUUCCUGGGCUCUCAUGGAUUCAGUACAUUAACAUUCCUCAUUAUGGACUGACAGCUUUGCUGCACAAUGAAUUCCUGGGACAAAACUUCUGUCCAGAACACAAAACAGCAGAAAUCAAUAGAUGUCACAACUUAGUAAUAUGCACUGGAGAAGAAUUCUUGACAAGCCAGGUCACCGACCUCUCAUCAUGGAGCUUCUGGGAGAAUCACAUGGUCUUAGCUUGUAUAAUAAUUAUCCUCUUAUCAAUUACCAAUGUGCAGUUAUUAGCUUUUAUGAAAAAGAGACAUUUGUUUUAACCAGUUUUUUACUUUCUUUGUAUUAAAAUGACCUUUAAAAUAGUUAAAACUUUAACAAUGAGUGACCAUGUCUAACGAGCAGUAGGUAACACUGGAAUUUCAGGAGUUUGGCCCACCAGAAUUCAAGGCACUGAUUGGUGCAUCAUGGAUAAACAAGGCCCUAAGAGCUUUGGCUCCAGAGUGUCUUGGCUACUGCUGUGCCUUUACAUUUUUUGCUGCUGCCAUUUUUUCUCUUGUAUUUGCUGUGUUGUGAAUGUGUAAAGGGAUUCCCCUGUCUUUAAUGUAGUGUGAUUAUGUAAUGGAAAUAUAGUCUACAAGGCAGUUGACUUGUACCUGUGGAUUAUAAUGAAGAUGCUUUCCUCAAAAGCUAUAUUGUUUAGUUGAAGUAAUGAUUUUACAAUAAUAGUGAUAGUUCAAAUAUAAUUUUGAUGAUUAAGGGUUUUUAUCAAAUGUAGUAAGGAAUUAUAGUAGAGGUUAGUUUAGUGCGAAAAUUAAUAUAGGUAUAUGUAGGAAACAGUAUUUCCCACAGCCCUGAUACAGCAGGGACUUGAGAAAAUAGAAAAUAGGAAAAAGGGAUUGUCAUAAAACUAAAACUUAAAAGUUUCACUUAGGAACCACAUAGACUAUUGUUUAGGUUAAUAAUUAAGGAAAACAAUUGAGUCCUGGGAUUUACCUCAAAUUCUUUUUGAUAUUGGGAAAUGUGUUCUCAGGUUUCAGUGUGCACCAUAGCUGGAAGAUAUCUGUAAACGAUUGACUUCGUGUAACUAGAAAACAAAGAAUGUUAUGGUUAGUUAGCAUAAUGGGACAGAACUCUAAAAUAUAGAAGGUGAACUUAGUAAUCUGUUUUUCAGACAAUUAUAAAAACUUUGCCUAGGUAAGUAGUUAUGACUGAAAUUUUCCUGAUCUAUGAGAAGUGUAAAAGAUAAAUAUUUAACUGUAUGUGGGUGCUUAGAGAUUAUUUUUCACCUGUAAUAUGUAGAAUGUUUAAUUAUGUAAGGGAAAUAGGAAACAUGUUGUUUAUUACUUGUAUUCAUUGCAAUCAUUUAGUUAAAAGCAUAAUGUAACCACAUUGUCAUUUUUAUAUUGUUUGAAAGAUUAUGCUGUCUGUGUAAAUUGUAGGGGAAUAAAAUAGCCAGAAUAAGGACAUCAGGAAGUGGAGGAGAAGGAAGCCAUCAGUAAGUAGUGAAAAGGAAGAGAAAGAAGAAAAACAUCAGGGUAGAAGAACAGAACAGAAAAAGUAAAGAGUAGAACAAGCAACCGAAAGAAGAAUAAAAUGAAGAACUAAGCUUU